AUGUUACUCACAACGGCUUUAUAUAUAGUAGACGCACUAUGUAAAAGACAAUCAUUUGUUCGCCUCUUCAUCACACAAGACGAACACUUACUGAACUCCAUUUCAAAUUUGUUAAACUACCAGAACCCAAUCAUCUUCGAGUUGUCCAUUGAAAUUUUAAUCGCUUUUGUAGACCAACCAACUGAACUGGAAAAUUUCGAGUCAUUCAUUCCAGUCCUUCUUGUAGCCUCGUCGAUUGUCAGUCACUUACGACCAGUCAUCAUUUUACUCCUCCACAAAAUAUUGCAGUGUGAGAAGACGCAACAAAAGUUUGUGGACUCAAAUGGACUCUUCUUGAUAUAUAACACACUCCUCGCUCCACAAGACGACGAACUCUUUAGUUGCCUUGAAAUUUUACUGCGACUUGAAAAGGCGAAACCGGUGUAUUUGGACGCUAUUGUAAACACUAAUAUCUUACAACCAUUGACAGAAAUUAUUAAUAAAGAGGACGAUAUGAGUCUUGUAGAAAGAUGCCUUGGGAUCGUCUCGUUGUUAUCUACGUCGUCUUUCUUCCCAAACAUCUGCAGAAGCUCAGGACUCUUCGAAACGUGCUUGGAACUGAUUGAAUACCCAUACACAAAGACAUCCACUGUCGUCACAUUACGAGCUGCGUUACUUAUUAUCUACCGAACAACAACUAAUUCGCUGUUGGUGAAGAGUUGCACAUCACUCAAAUUGGCGUCGAAGUUGUCGAAUUUAAUUAAAAACGCGAAUCAAUUCAAUCCGCAAGUUCAGAUGGUCGUCUACGGGAUUCUUGCGAAUCUCAUUGAAUCGCCAGAAGCACAAAAAGACCUUCUGGUGACUAAAGUUAAUACCAUUCUUUAUUUAAUUGACUUGAAAACAGUCAUUGUAGAGGCACAACCAAUCAUCACUACAGCUUUACUUGUCUUUGAGACACUCCAAGUCCGCGAUGUGAAGGAAGAAUAUACCCCAAAGGAUAUCGAACGAAUCGCAGAGUACAACUCUCAAAUCACACGGAACAAAUCCUCAUGA